AUGCAGUCCCUUUCCGCGCGAAUCGCAUCUUUCGCUCCGCCCACCUCCCGACGUCCCAAGCGCCCCACCUGGUCCGUCUCCGCCACAACCCACCCCUUGAUCGUCCCUAAACGCCUAGCCGAGGCGGGCUUCUUUUACAAUCCCUCGGAAGAGGAACCAGACAAUUGCCAGUGCUUCAGCUGUGGCCUGCAGCUGGGCGGAUGGGAUGAGACGGACGAUCCGUUCGUGGAGCAGUGUAAGCGUGGGGAGUGUGCGUGGGGGGAGAUGGUCUGUGCGCCGAGGGUCGCAAGGGAUCGGGAUGAGGUUGUUACUACAGUAUCAGACGAGUCUCUCCUUCCCAGCUCAACAACUUCAACCGAGACGCGUACCCGUACAUUCUACGGUCCAGGAGAUAUCACCCAUUGGCCCCACAAGCCAAAGAAGAGCUGGAAGCCGUCCGUCGAGAAUGUCGCAGCAGCGGGUUUCGUCUACCAUGAAGGCCCCGACUAUGUCAUGUGCCCAUACUGCGAGUACACUGUCGGAGACUGGGAAGCCGGAGACGAUCCAACAGAGAUACACCGUGCCAAAAAGCCCAACUGCCCAUUCUUCACCAUCACUCUCGAUGUUCCCGUUCCGGUCCUAGCCAAAUCGACCGCCAAGUCCGCCCCAAAACCCCGAGCCACGAGGGCCAAGCGCGGCGAUACCGCCGCGUCCGUCGCUGGGUCUAUUGUUGGCGAUGGUGAAGAGUCGGUCGCUGAGCCUGCUGCGAAGAAGGGGCGGAAGCCGCGUGGGACGGCUGCGAAGCCAGCUGCGACGAGGGGAAAGGGCAAGAAAGUCGCGGGGGGUGAGGUAGCGGAGUCGGUGAUGGAGGAGGAAGAGGCAGAGGUGGAGGACACGCAGGGGGUGGAGGUCGAGAAGCCGAAGAGAAGGGGGCGGCCACCAAAGAAGACGGAUGCGACAGUUGAGGCGGGCACGUCUCAGGCUGCAAGAUCGGCGGAGGCGGAGGCGGAGGAAGAGAAGGAGGAGGUUUCUCAGCCUUCCAAAAAGACGAGAAAGCCCCGUGCGACCAAGGCGAGCAAGAAGGCGGAAGCGGACGCCGAGGCCGAGGCGGCUGCAGCUGCAGCUGCGGAAGCGGAGAGUGCGAUGGAGGAGGAGGUGCAAGUGCCUGAGGUGGAGGAAGAAGCGGAUGAUAAGAUGGAGGAUAUCCCAGAAGAACGGGAACCCACACCUCCACCCCCACCGAAGCCGGCGAGCAAGUCUACAUCGAGCCGGGCGUCGAAGGCCACCAAGCCUGCCCCAGCGCCUACGCCCGUACAGACAGCUCCUGCAGCACCAGCAGUAGAGGCGUCCAAGCCUUCCCGACCGAUCAAAUCCAUCCGUCAGGCGAAGCUCGACAAGUCGGCCGCAGCAUCAGCAUCGGCAUCAUCGUCAACGUCAAAGCCCACCUCCGCCUCUGCACCCGUUCCCCCUCCCCAAUCCGCACCCGCAUCUUCUUCCUCCUCUGCACGCCCAGCUGCAAGCUCCAAACCCGGCUCCAAACCAUCCUCAAAAUCCAGCUCCAAACCCCUUCCUCCUACACCGCAACAAUCGCUCGCUCCCCGCCCCCAACCCCUGAAUCAGCUCAGCCAUUUUGUGAACGUCCCACCAACGUCACCACUGGUUUCUCCCAAUGAUACCGGGCGGGCGCAGCUGGAGGCGGGACUGGAGGAGGCGGCCAAAUCGGCACGGCAGGUCAUGGAAGAUCUGGCAUCUCCGCGCGGCGGACCGGCGAAAGCUGCGGCUGGAGAGGCAGGAGGUCUAACGGCGGAAGAGCGCAAAAUGACCGUCAAGGAGCUGGUGGAGCUUCAGCUGAGGAAGAGGGGGGAGGCGAUGGAGCAAGAAGGCGAGGAGAUGAUUCGACGGUGGAAGGAGGAGGCGAUGGUGGUGAGGGGACAGAUUAAGGCGGCUUUGUGCCCAUGA